AUGCCCAACUAUCAGAAUGAGCCCCCGGGUACUCUCCUCCUCUUCACGCCGAGUGAAGACGGACGGCGCCAAGAAAUCAUCCUUCAUCCGGAACCCACCAACUCGCCAAAUGAUCCUCUCACCUGGCCAAUCUGGAGAAAAGCCUGGCACGCUUCAGUCCUGGUCGUCAUCACCGGCCUGGCCGCCGGUCUCUCAACACUCUCUGGCGCCGCCUCCUUCGCCAUGAACAAUGAGCUGCACAUCACCCCAGCCCAGUUCAAUGUGGCCGUGGCCGUCUUGUUCGUGGGCAUCGGCGGCGGCACGUACCUCAUGUCGCCGCUCCCCCGGCUGCUGGGCCGCCGAAUCUCGUACGUGCUGUCUCUCGUCGCCGGCAUCGCGGGCUGCGUCAUGUUCGUCCGGGUUCAGCGGCUGGGUCUGCUCAUCGUCUCGCACCUGUUUCUCGGCGUGGCCGAGUCGUGCGCCGAGGCCAUGGUCCAGCACUCCCUGUCAGACAUCUUCUUUGAGCACCAGCGCGGAUCGGCCAUGGGACUGUACGUCCUGGCCCUCUCGGGAGGCACCUUCAUGGGCCCGCUGGCGGCAGGCCUGAUCGCGUCCAGCCGUGGCUGGCGCGCAAUCGGCUGGGCUGGCGCGGCCUGCUGCGGGGUGAUGCUGGUCGUCAUGGUGUUGACGUUGGAGGAGACGACGUUUGAUCGAGCGGCACACGUGCUGCGAGGAAGCGACCCGGAAAGCGGCGAGCUUGAAAAGAGGACAUCAAGCCAGCAGCAGCUCGAGCACGCUGCGACCACCUGCGAGCCAACUAUUGCCGGUUCUGCACUCGAUCAAAAGAAGUCGUACCUACAGAGAAUAAGAAUCAUCACGCCCACAUCGUCCAACAAGACGAAACUAAUGCGAGGCUUUAUCUACAGACUGCGACACUCGCCUCGUUGCUUCGUCUUCCCUGCCGUGUUAUUCUCCGGUGUUCAGUGGGGUGCUCAAAUCACGUUUCUAACCUUUUACCUGUCCGUGUCCGACGUCCAAUACUACGCGCCGCCAUGGAACUACAGCGACAAGGCCGUCGCCCUCAUGGCCGUUCCGUGCCUCAUCGGGCUCCUCGUCGGCAUCCUCUACGCCAGCCUGGUCGCCGACUACUUUGUCGUGUGGAUGGCGCGCCGAAACAGCGGCAUACUCGAGGCCGAGCACCGUCUGUGGCUGGUCCUGCCCGCUUCCGUCACUGGAUCUCUCGGCCUCUUGCUAUUCGGGAUCGGCUCGCAGCGCGGUUGGGGCUGGCCCGUUCCGUACUUUGGCCUGGGCUGCUUUGGCUUCACAUGGGGCUGCGCCGGCGAUAUCAGUCUGUCGUACAUGCAACAGGUGUACCCAGAGGCGAUUCUCGAAUGCAUGGUCGGGGUAGCCGUCAUCAACAACAUCUUUGGGUGCUCGUUUACCUUUGCCGCAGGUCCAUGGCUUGAGAAACAGACCCCGACUCAGGUCUUCUCAGUACUGGCCGUCAUUAACUUUGUAGUCACUUUACUGGCAGUACCUAUGAUUAUUUGGGGUAAAAGAAUGAGGGCUGGUACUGCGGCCAGCUACUUGCAGUUUGUCGACAAGAUGAACUCUGCUUAA